UCUAUAUAUAUGUAUUUUAUAUAUAUUAAAAAAGAAACCAUUUUGUGGAAGAAACAGGGAAAGAGUAAAGUGAGUGUGUGUAUGUGUGAGAGAGAGAAAGAGUAAAGUAGUACGUAUUAAAGAAAGAGUGAGAAAGAUGGAUGCUAGUGUGUGUGUGUGUGUGUGUGAAUAAUUUAGUGAAAAGAGUCAGUUGUUUAUGUCUCCUGGGCUGAAAGGAGGCUCCGGGGUCAGUGGGCUUUGCCGCCGACCAAGGAAACAAUCUCUUAACUUAUGGUUCUCUUCCCAUUUAAGUGAACGCUCAAUUCUUUCUUUAAAUUAAACAAACUACACUUAACCAUUUUCUUCUUCUUCUCUUUCUCCUAAGUUAUCUCCUCCUGCUUUUGUUUACUUUCAAGAUUCGGUCAUACUAAGCAAAUACUAUAUCUUUGAGAUCCCAUUUAACCUUUUCUCUAUCUCUUGAAGUUGAGGAAGUUGGUUAUAUUCAGUAAUUUGGUCCCCACCAUCUGGAUUCUUUCAUUUUUACCAUUUUUGGAGUCCUUAUUGACCUUGGUUUCAGGUUAUGUUUGAGCAUUGGGAAUAUCAGGUUAUGAACACAGGGUACUGUUUGAUUUUUUUUACAGUGAUUAGUUGAGUAGUAAAGAAGUAUAAUUUCUCAAGUGUGAACAAGAAGAAGCAGAGAUCCCUUGAGUUGCCAAGAUGAAGUUCAUGAAACUUGGAUCCAAGCCUGAUACCUUUCAGUCAGAUGGGAACAAUAUCAGAUAUGUUGCUUCGGAGUUGGCCUCUGACAUCACGGUUAAUGUCGGAGAUGUAAAGUUUUACUUGCACAAGUUUCCUCUUCUGUCCAAGAGUACCUCUUUGCAAAAGCUGGUUGCUAAUGCAAGUGAAGCAAAUUGUGAUGAAGUUCACAUUCAUGACAUUCCUGGAGGACCUACUGCCUUUGAAAUAUGUGCCAAGUUUUGUUACGGCAUGACUGUUACACUGAAUGCUUAUAAUGUCAUUGCAGCAAGGUGUGCUGCUGAGUAUCUGGGUAUGCAUGAAGCUAUUGAGAAAGGAAACCUUAUUUACAAGAUUGAUGUUUUCCUGAACUCGAGCAUUUUCCGGAGCUGGAAAGAUUCAAUAAUAGUUCUUCAAACUACUAAGUCUCAGUCACGUUUGUGUGAAGAACUGAAGUUGAUCAGCCACUGCAUUGAUGCUAUAGCAUCCAAGGCUUCCAUUAAUGUUGACAGAGUGGAUUGGUCCUAUACAUAUAACCGGAAAAAGCUUCCAGAGGAGAACGUAAAUGAUCCUAACUUGAACGGUAUUAGAAGCCGCUUGGUGCCGAAAGAUUGGUGGGUUGAGGACUUAAGUGAGCUUGAAGUUGAUUUAUAUAAGCGGGUAAUUCUCACCAUUAAAAACAAAGGCAUUGUUUCUUCUGAAGUAAUUGGAGAAGCUGUGAAAGCUUACGCUUAUAGAAGGUUUCCAGGCUUUAAUAAAGGUGUCUUCCAGUUCAAUGAUGUCUCCAAAUGUCGUGCAAUAUUGGAUACAAUUGUAUGGCUAUUGCCCUCUGAGAAAGGUUGUGUCUCUUGUAGUUUCUUGUUAAAAUUGCUGAGAGCAUCAAUUUCACUUGAUUCUGGAGAAAUGGCAAAGGCAGAACUAGUUAAAAGAAUAGGGCAGCAAUUGGAGGAGGCUUCUGUAAAUGAUCUUUUGAUUCGCGCGGCAGAUGGGGAAGGAACCAUGUAUGAUGUCCAUGUCGUCCAGAAAAUACUAGAAGUGUUUAUGAUGCGAGAUAAGGAUUCUGAACCUCAGCUAGAAGAUGGAGAUGAAAUUCAGGAGAUCCGAAAGCCAGGGAUUUUAUCGGAAGCUUCAAAACUGAUGGUGGCAAAGUUAGUAGAUGGAUACCUUACUGAAAUUGCGAAAGAUCCUAAUCUCUCUUUGUCAGCAUUUGUUGGUCUAGCAGAGAUGGUAUCCAAUUUCCCUCGACCAGGUCAUGAUGGUAUCUAUCGCGCAAUUGAUAUGUACCUUAAGGAGCACCCUGGAAUCAGCAAGAGUGAGAGGAAGAGAAUUUGUAAGCUGAUGGACUGCAAGAAGCUCUCCGUGGAUGCUUGUAUGCAUGCUGUGCAAAACGAGAGGCUUCCCCUUCGUGUUGUUGUACAAGUGCUCUUUUUCGAGCAAGUCAGGGCUAAUGCCUCGUCUGGUAGCAGUACUCCGGAUCUGCCCAAAGCAAUUAGGGAACUUAACAGUGCUUCAUAUGGAAGUUCAAGAUCUGCAACAACUAAUACAGAAGAAGAUUGGGAUGCUGCAGCCUCUGCAGAAGAACUCAGAGCCUUGAGAGGAGAGCUUGCAGCCUUAAGAAUGGGAAAUGGAGGAACAAACGACAAAGUUAAUGGCGACGCCAAGAGCCAUGCAGACAGGGCUGCCAUGAGUAGAAUGAAAGGUUUGCUCAUGUCGAAGAGGAUCUUCUCGAAAAUCUGGUCGAACAAAGGGGGACAAGGGGAGAAUAGUGGCUCAGAUUCGUCCGAGAGUCUUGGAUCUGCUAACUUGGAAGAAGCUAAGUCUACACCUUCAAGAAAAGGAAGGCAUUCAGUUUCUUAGUUCUAACAGCUUAAGGAAUGCACUCUUGGUGGCUUUUUUUGAUGAGUUUUUCUUAAUUGAUAUUAGCAUGUCAAAAAGACUAGUCAUCUUUCUCUGAAGUCCUCUAGAAGAAAAUGAAGGAUAUAGUUUGACAAAAGAGUUUGUAGGAGGAAAUGAAGCCUCUUAUGGGCAGACAAACAGAAGUUUAUUGUAUAGAUGUUCUAACAUUUAGUUGUCCAUGCGAAAAAAUAGGUGGCUCUUUAAUUUUAGAACUCUUAAGGUAUGCUAGUAUCAUAAGAAAUGUUACUGUGAAUUUAAUUAGGCUUAUGCAUGAAAUGCAGUGUAAGCACUCAAAUGUGUAGUUUUUGAACACUGUCUUCCUCCACAAAGAAAUGAUGAAUGGUAAAGGUAAGUUUAUUUUAUAA